UAACCUUUAAGGUGUAUCCGCGCAUUUGGGGAUCAAGCGCGAGCGCGUAUUUUCAGUAAUCUUUGUUUUUGUAUGUAUAGACCUCAGCACAUGCCGGUUAAUCCAUUGAAGACAUCAAACUUACCGAUACAUCCGCGUGAGAUUUGAAAGCAGUUUGAAGCCAUGAUUUUUUUGUUUCAUUGCAUGUGGAGUCUUGAUGAACAGGAGCCGGUCAUGAGCGCGUGCAAUGGCUAGAAGUCCCGCGCGAGGAUAGAGCAGAAGUGUAGUGCCAUGGAGGAUGCCCAUUCCAGACCCCAUUCAGCUCACUCCACUUACUCACAGAGGACUGAGGAUGCAGCCUCCGUCUUGGGGAAUCAUGCUGAACAUCACCUUACUGUCAGUCAGACAGUCCUUGUGGUUCCGAAGCGCCCAGAGAGCCCCAAUCUGAGUGUGACUGAGGAGACGACCUUUGUCCCACGACCGGUGUCUUCAGUUGACGCUUACACCAACACAGACCCUCCGUACGAAUGCUGCCCUUGGCUGCGCAGACUAUGCCCGUGCCCGCCCAGAGGCCUGCUGGCUGCAAUUAUCACCAAAGUGACCAUGGCCGCUGUGCUCUUUGGGGUGGUGUGGUCCAUUACAGAGAAGGAAUGUCUCCCGGGCGGGAAUCUCUUUGGCAUUGUGACCUUGUUUAUUUGUGCCGUAGCCGGCGGAAAGCUGUUUGGACGCAUACAUUUGCCGAACAUGCCACCUUUACCUCCCCUUCUUGGCAUGCUGCUGGCAGGCUUUAUCCUCAGAAACAUCCCUGUGGUGACAGAUGCAGUUUACAUUGAUAUUAGAUGGUCCUCUUCUCUGAGGAACAUCGCCCUGGGUGUCAUUCUGGUCAAGGCUGGGUUACAAUUAGACGGCAAGGCUCUGAAGAAGCUGAAAGCUGUGUGUUUGCGUUUGUCCAUGUUCCCUCUGACCUUUGAGGCAAUCACUAUGGCUGUGGUCUCCUAUUUAAUACUGGGUCUUCCAUGGGUCUGGGGCUUUAUUUUAGGGUUUGUUCUUGGGGCUGUUUCUCCUGCUGUUGUGGUUCCAUCCAUGCUGCUUCUCCAUAAGGAAGGGUACGGUUUAGAGCAGGGUAUACCUACUCUUCUCAUGGCUGCAUGUAGCGUUGAUGACAUCAUUGCCAUUACCUGCUUCACCACCUGCCUGGGCAUAGCUUUCGCCACAGGCGCUGUAUGGUUAAACGUGCUGAGGGGACCACUGGAGGUGUUAGGUGGUGCGGUCGCUGGUGUGGCCUUGGGGUACUUUCUACAUUACUUCCCCAGCAGAGACCAGGGAAAUCUCAUCCUGAAACGCUCUUUCCUGGUGUUGGGGCUGUCCGUGUUUGCUUUGUUUGGCAGUAAUGUGGCUGGGAUUCCUGGUGCAGGAGGUCUUUGUACACUGGUGCUGGCAUUUGUGGCUGGAAUAGGCUGGGGAAAAAAUAAGGCACUGGUGGAGGAGGUGGUGGAAAGGUUUUGGCAUGUGUUCCAGCCUCUUCUCUUUGGUCUCAUCGGUGCUGAGAUUGUUAUUAGUUCUUUGGAGGUCACGACUGUGUUUCUGGGUAUAGCAGCUCUGCUCAUCGCACUCACGGUACGGCUGCUCAUCACUUUUGUUGCGGUACUGCGAGCUGGCUUUAACCUGAAAGAGAAAGUCUUUAUCGCUCUAGCCUGGAUGCCGAAAGCCACAGUACAGGCUGCCAUAGGCUCUACAGCUCUAGACAUGGCACGCUCCAAGAAUGACCUUGAGCUGCAGAAGUACGGCAUGGAUGUCCUCACUGUGGCUGUGCUGUCCAUUCUCAUCACCGCUCCUAUUGGGGCGCUUCUCAUCAGUCUGCUCGGCCCUCGACUCCUGCAGAAACCAAAGAACCCUGAGUGGGCUGUCAGUCAAGGUGCUCUGUCUGCAUCAGGGACACCGGUGACAUAUGAAAGUGCCCUAUGAUGUUUCUGGAAGGCUUCUGGGAAGUGACACCCCAGCGUCCAAGGCUGCUGAUCAUCCUUUUUGUCCUCAAAUUUUGAUUCACAAACUCAUUACUAUGACCCUCUGAAGUCAGAGUGCAAAAGUGGCAGACAUGAUUUCAGAUGAAGGAACACAACUUGUUUUUUUUUACCUUCCAAGGUGAAUGAAAAUCACUUGCAGUAUUUCUUUUACAGAUGAGAAGUUCCAAGUAAGUAUUCUCCGAAACGUAGGAUUUUAAAGGAUUACGCUAUGCUAAGGAUUGAUCAUUUUUAGCACUGUCGAGUACAAAAACUGUUGUUUAUGAAUAUAUUUUUUUCUAACUGGCUGAUAUUGUGUUGAUAGUAUUUCUAAAAUGAGUUAUUCCAGAUAUUAAUAUAUCAGUAAGUGUAUAAUAUAUAUCAAGUGACUGCAUAUUAGUUUUACAGAAAGUCAUAUAGUGGCCAGUGUUGUCAUGACUAUGUUUGGAAUGGAAUACUAGCUACUUUCACUGUGCUGUUUAUACUGUAUACUUUGGAAGCUUGUUUCCGCCACAGAAUAAAAAAAAAAGAAAGAAAAGAAAAGGAUAAUUGCGACACUUUAUCUCACAAUUCUGACUUUUUUUCUCAUAAUUGCGAGUUUACAUAUAGUAAUU